AUGGAACCACGGAACGACCAAAAGCCCUCUUCGCCGGCUUUAAGCGCCAAAAGCGACCUCGACGACUCGGAGCCUACAGUCGUUCAACUUGCUGCAACAGGAGUUCCAGUACGUGAUCCUAAGUACUACAUCGACGAACAGAUGUCUAUAUUUCUGGUGGACAAUCAUCUGUUCCGAGUUCAUCGUCAUUUUCUUCGACGUGAAUCCCUGGUUUUUGAUACCAUGUUCAAUUGCCCACCACCGGUUGAGGGACAGGAGGGACAAGCGGAUGAAAGUCCUAUUGCGCUGCCGGAUGUUAGUCGAAACGAGUUUAUCGCUCUCAUGGAUUAUUUCUACCAAGGGUCGUUCUUCUUGAGCCAGUCAGGUUCCACCAUUCCUCUCCAGGAGCAUAUCGAUCUGCUCUCCAUUGCUUCCCGCUACGAUUGCCCUGGGGCGCGCCUCAAAGCGAUCCAGGGCAUCGAAUCUCAACCCCUUGACCCAAUUCAAAAGCUUAUCCUUUCCGAGAAGUACAACGUCCAGGAGUGGCUCAUGCCGGCUUACAUCGAAAUUUGCAAACGAGAUAAACCUCUAACGAAAGAUGAGGCUGUUCAGAUCGGUCUUGAAAAGGUGAUGUUAAUUGCUGAGGCCCGGGAAAUCGCUCGAAGUUCCCCGGAAAGUCGAGAUAUGAUAUACAACCAUUACUACAAUCACGGCAACAAUUCAUGGCCAGGACCCAUUUUUGAGCAUUCGAGGUUGGAGAGAAUCAUCAAUGAAUCUCUCGCUACCAAACUUCCGUCCAUAACUUCCACGUCGCUUGGAGGGAAGAAGAAGAAGAAAGUGAGGGCGUAA